AUUAGUCUGGUUGUGGCAGCCCAGCAGGCUGUUGCCAUUUCUUACACUGACAACACCCCAAGAGGAGGAGGAGGAGCACCGAGUGCGUAGAAGGCGUCAGAAUCCUCAAUUUCUAACUUAGCAUCUUGGCAGGACCUUGCUCCAAAGCAAAGCCCCCCAGUCCAAAGGCACACAAAAACUUCUCUAAGAAGAUACACAAAACGAGGAAAGGAAGUGGGUUUAAACUGAGAGCGGAACCGAACCGACAGCUAAAUAGCAAAGGCAAAAGGAAUAACCGCAUAAGACAGCUCUGCUGCAUGGUUCCAAUACCGAACUGGUCCAGCUGGGAACAAAACCAACCCAGACCUGGGGUUUAACGGUCGUUGGCUCCUUUAGCCAUGUCUUAUCCUCAGGGCUACUUGUACCAACCAUCGGCUUCUUUAGCACUCUACUCCUGUCCUGCCUACAGCACGAGUGUCAUUUCGGGACCCCGCACCGACGAGCUCGGCCGGUCGUCGUCAGGCUCGGCGUUCUCCCCGUAUGCGGGCUCCACUGCCUUCACGACUCCCUCAGCAGCGGCUGCGGGCUACAACUCUCAUCUGCAGUACGGAACCGAUCCCGCGGCGGCGGCAGCAGCUGCAGCCGCCUUCUCGUACGUGGGAUCACCAUAUGACCACACCGCAGGAAUGGCCGGAUCUUUGGGCUACCACCCAUAUGCAGCCCCUUUAGGGUCUUACCCCUAUGGAGACCCAGCGUAUAGGAAAAACGCUACCCGUGAUGCUACGGCCACUUUGAAAGCCUGGCUGAACGAGCAUCGAAAGAACCCCUACCCCACAAAAGGGGAGAAAAUUAUGCUAGCUAUCAUCACCAAGAUGACCCUUACUCAAGUGUCCACAUGGUUUGCUAAUGCCAGAAGGAGACUUAAAAAGGAGAACAAAAUGACAUGGACUCCGCGAAACCGAAGUGAAGACGAGGAAGAAGAUGAAAACAUUGAUCUGGAGAAAAACGACGAAGACGAGCCUCAUAAACCAGAAGGAAAGACAGAAAUCGAGACGGUGCCAGGAGACCUGAAGUCCAGUUCGGGGGAAUCGUUUUUAUGCCAUGGAUUUGAGGAUGGCCAUCCAGUUAAAGAUACCGACCCUCUGUUAAGUGACACGGAUUUGAAGGAUUCCGUGGAGCGAGUGGAACUGAUCUCCCCCAAAGCAACGAAUUCUCCUUCUCGGGGAUCACAAGGAAUUGAUAUUCCCCAGCAGGACACAGAGGACGAUUCCCAACCCCCAGAGACGACGCCAGCGACAAACCCUUUACACUGUGUCAGCAAUGCCACUUCGGUGAUUCACUCGCCACCGGCUGUCAGCUGUAAACCCAAACUUUGGUCUUUGGCCGAAAUCGCUACAUCAUCGGACAGGUCCAAGAAUGGCACCAGUGACUCCUGUCAGUCAUCGGGAGCGGUCCAGGGCCACUCUGUACAGGACACAUGCUCUCCACCGGAAAGGUCCCCUGCGGCUGCUCCAUGCCAUUUCCCUAGCAGCACAACAGUGCUUUCUCGGCCCCUGUACUACACAUCACCCUUCUAUCCAGGUUACACGAACUACAGCACCUUUGGACAUAUUCACAGCAGUAGCCACCCCGGAUCCAGCCCAGGACAGUCCACGACACAUUUUAAUGGAUUAAGUCAGACUGUUCUAAGUAGGGCCGAGGCUUUGGUUAAAGAAUCAAAACUCAGGAGCCCCACACAGCUAGAUAUUUGCAAAGACUCACCUUAUGAGCUGAAGAAAGGUAUGUCCACCAUUUAAUAUUGACUUCCACUCCAGUCAAUGGACUUUUUUUCUAUUUUAAUUUAUUACCUUGGCAACAAAAAAUUAUUUUCAUCAGAAAGAAAGUAUAGAGAUAAAUACUUAUCAGAACAGUGUAAUUUCUGGAAAUAUUUUCUUCCAAUUUGUCACAUCUCAGAAAGAAAUGAAACGUCUUAACCAAAUGCAAGAGAGGCAACACAUUUGUAUUAAAAUUAAUUCUGUAUAUUUAUUGCAGCAUUUUGUAUUUAUAUGGACAAUACAAUAUCUUUGAAGUAAAUUAUGAAAUCGAAA